AUGAUAACACAACUGGAGGUGAGUGCCUGGACAUACCACUACAAUGACCAAGGGGAGUACACAUGGGAGCAGGCCAGGAACUACUGCCAGACCUUCUUCACUGACCUGGUGGCAAUCCAGAACAAGCAGGAGAUUGAGUAUCUUAACAAGAGCCUGCCCUUCUAUGGGCGCUACUACUGGAUUGGCAUCCGCAAACUGGGUGGCACCUGGACCUGGGUGGGCACGAGGAAGGCACUGACGAAGGAGGCAGAGAACUGGGCAGCUGGGGAGCCCAACAAUCGACGCUCCAACCAGGACUGCGUGGAGAUCUACAUCAAGCGGCUGUUGGAGUCGGGCAAGUGGAAUGAUGAGCCCUGCAACCGGAGGAAAAAAGCACUGUGCUACCGGGCCUCCUGCCAGCCCUUUCCGUGCAGCCAGCAUGGCGAGUGCAUGGAGACCAUUGGGAGCUACCGCUGCGAGUGCUACCCUGGCUUCCAUGGCCCUGAGUGUGAAGAUGUUGUGCAGUGCACCGAGCUCGAAUCCAGGGGAGUGCAAAUGAACUGCACUCAUCCCUAUGGACGCUUCAGCUACAACUCCACCUGUGUGUUCGGAUGCCAGGAAGGCUUUGGGCGGCAAGGGGCAGGCACACUGCGGUGCCUGCCUUCCCAGCAGUGGUCAGCAGAGCCCCCCAUGUGCACAGCCAUCACCUGCCCAGUGCUCAGUGCUCCAGACCGGGGAGAGCUGAACUGCUCCCACCUCCAUGGGGACUUCACCUUUGGCUCCAUGUGUGCCUUCUCCUGCCAGACGGGGUUUGCACUGAUGGGGUCAGAAAGACGUGAGUGCACAGCCAUGGGGACCUGGACUGGGAAUACCCCACACUGCGAAGCCAUCACCUGCCCAGAGCUCAGUGCUCCAGACCAAGGAAAGCUGAACUGCUCCCACCUCCAUGGGGACUUCACCUUUGGCUCCACAUGUGCCUUCUCCUGCCAGACAGGGUUUACACUGAUGGGGCCAGAGAGCCGUGAGUGCACAGCAACGGGGACCUGGACUGGAGACUCCCCACAGUGUGAAGCCAUCACCUGCCCAGAGCUCAGUGCUCCAGACUGGGGAGAGCUGAACUGCUCCCACCUCCAUGGGGACUUUGCCUUCAGCUCCACGUGUGCCUUCUCCUGCCAGACAGGGUUUGCACUGAUGGGGCCAGAGAGCCGUAACUGACACGAGUGUAUCUCUAUUCCUGCAGCCAUCACCUGCCCAGUGCUCAGUGCUCCAGACCGGGGAGAGCUGAACUGCUCCCACAUCCAUGCGAACUUCACCUUUGGCUCCACAUGUAUCUUCUCCUGCCAGGCAGGGUUUGCACUGGUGGGGUCAGAGAGCCGUGAGUGCACGGCCAUGGGGACCUGGACUGGGAACACCCCACAGUGCAAAGCUAUCACCUGCCCAGUGCUCAGUGCUCCAGACUGGGGAGAGCUGAACUGCUCCCACCUCCAUGGGGACUUCGCCUUUGGCUCCACAUGUGCCCUCUCCUGCCAGACGGGGUUUGCACCAGUGGGGCCAGAGAGCCGCGAGUGCACAGCAACAGGGACCUGGACAGGAGACUCCCCACACUGUGAAGUUGUCGCCUGUCCAGUGCUCAGUGCUCCAGACCAAGGAAAGCUGAACUGCUCCCACCUCCAUGGGGACUUCACCUUUGGCUCCACAUGUGCCUUCUCCUGCCAGACAGGGUUUACACUGAUGGGGCCAGAGAGCCUUGAGUGCACAGCAACGGGGACCUGGACUGGAGACUCCCCACAGUGUGAAGCCAUCACCUGCCCAGAGCUCAGUGCUCCAGACUGGGGAGAGCUGAACUGCUCCCACCUUCAUGGGGAAUUCACCUUCGGCUCCACGUGUGCCUUCUCCUGCCAGACAGGGUUUGCACUGAUGGGGUUAGAGAGCCGCAACUGCACAGCCAUGGCUACCUGGACCGGGAAAACUCCACAAUGCAAAGCCAUCAGCUGCCCAGAGCUGGACCCCCCCAGCAGAGGUCACCUGAGCUGCUCUCACAUGUAUGGAAACUUCACAUACAACUCCACGUGCACCUUUUCCUGUGAGGAAGGGUUUGUUCAAAUGGGAGCAGAGGUGCUCUGGUGUGCAGCCACAGGGAACUGGACUAGGCAUCCCCCUGUCUGUGCAGAGGACGGUGCCCUCUUAAAGCAAGUCCUGGCUUACAGCAGUGGCACGGCUCUGGCAGUAGCUGGCGUCGUGCUUUCUGGGAUGCUCAUUGCCCUCAUUGCCAAGCGGCUCAGUGACAGAGAGGAGAAGAAGAAGCUCUUGAACCCUACCAGUGACCUGGGCUCGCCUGGCAUCUUCACCAAUGCAGCCUAUGAUGCCAACCU